AUGGCGGCUAGGACUGUUAUUGGAGCGACAGUCAAAGCCGUAAGUCGACAGCGAAAAUUUGCUGCACGAAAGGCUGCUUUAACUUUGACUCCAGCCGCUGUAAAUAAAAUUAAAACACUCUUGGAAGGACAUCAAGAUACAAUUGGUCUCAGGGUAGGGGUACGCCAAAGAGGAUGCAAUGGUCUCUCAUAUACAUUAGAUUUUGCUAGUGAAAAAGGAAAAUUUGAUGAAGUUGUUGACCAAGAUGGUGUAAAAGUUUUAAUAGAUUCAAAAGCACAGUUGUCAUUACUGGGGACAGAAAUGGACUAUGUUGAAAACAAGCUGUCUAGUGAAUUUGUCUUUCAUAAUCCAAACAUCAAAGGAACAUGUGGAUGUGGAGAAAGUUUCAACAUCUGACAUCUAAUAAUAGAGAACUGUUCAAUUUUCCAAGACCCAAAAGUCACACCUGAAUGACAAAAAAAAGAUCAAAGUGACAUAAUAUACUGGUGUCAUGUCACCAUCAACAAGAUUCCAUGUCUGAGAAUACAAUCAAGAUUUCAUGAAAUCAGUGGAUUGAAAAAAAAUUGACAUGGGUACCAUUUUGUUUCAAGUAUUGAAAGAUUCGUUUAACAGAUCAACAUGAACUUGUAUAUACAAAAAUAUGAUCAGAAAGCAAUUGUAAAAUAUUAUCAAAACAUUGAAUUUGGAAACUUUGAAUUUGUCAAAGUCAAAGUGUAUCAUGAAUAUUAUUAUAUCUGUUGUAGCUGCUGCAGGUAUGCCAAAUAGCAAUGCUGGAACAAAGUGUUAUGACAAGUAAACUCUCUUUCAAAUAAUUAUUUAUUUAAAUUUGUGUAAUUAUUUUGCAGAGAGCCAUUUUAAGCAAACAAAUAAUAGUUUUAACUUAAUUAAAUGUGCACUUUAUUAUUGGAUUAAGUCUUACUAAUAAUGAAAAGGAUUAAGUCUUACUAAUAAUGAAAAGGUUUGUAAAUAAAUAAAACUUGUUUCGUGCUAAAAGUCUCAUAAGUGCGUUAAGACUAAAGACAUGUUGAAGUCAACGAAAAAUAUGAGGUAUUUAACAAAGUCUUGCAUGUGCUUGAUAAUUAAUAUUACUGAAAAAAAAUGAAAAUGUUCUGUUGUAAACAAAUACAAAAAAAAUAAAAUGAAAUAGAAUAAUGAAUAUAUGAAAAUUACAUUCUCAAAAUCCAAAAUAUGAUCAAACUUGGCUAAUAAAAUUGUUUGAUAGAGUGCUAUGGCUAUCGGCCCAUUUAAUAAGUCCUUGCACUUGACAUCAAAUUUAUUCUUUUGAAUUCCUUUUGUAUUGUCAAAAUUUCACAAGAAUAAAUUAGACGUCAAUUUUCAUCAGCCCUAAAACUGCAGAUCACUGGCAUUUCAGGCUAUUUCAUAUUUACUGGUAUACUCUCAUUGAUUUUGACCUUUGACUUGUCUCAUCAUUUGCCACAUAUAUUCAAACAUUAGAUUAAACACACUUAAUCCAUAAAAAAAUAGUACUAAUUACUACUAAACUGUGUAAAUAUUAAUUAUAAGUGCCUUGUCUCUAGCGGAUGUUGUCAUUUCUCUUUAAACUUCAAACUUAAAUAAUUUUGAUAUAAAUAUACGCAAGUACUGUAGGGAAUUAAGUGAAGUCAAAAUAACCUGUUAAAUAGAUAUUACAUGUACACACACUAGUAUCAGAGUUAGAGUUACUAACUCUGCUAGUAUGGAUUGCUUUUAUAUUGCAUUAUUUUGUUUUGUGUCUAUUUGACAAUCACGAGUUUUGUUUCACAGGUUUAAUGACCURACUCUACAAUGUCAUACCAACUAACAUUAAAUACAAAAUUAUAAUAAAUUACAUUUUUUUUUUCUUGUA